AUGGAUGGGCAUCGCGAGAAAUCAGUGGAUCAGCUUUCAGUCGGCAUGCUCGCGUCACUGAUGCAGCUUCAGGGCUGCCGGGGCUACACCCCGAUCGACUCCGCCCGCGCGGCCGCCGACCUCCAGGAGCUCCGUUCCGCGACGCCCGCCGCGGAGGUCGACGUCGCCGCCGUGCUGAGCGAAAAGGUCACACGUCCUCCAGGUCCAGCGCGAGCCAUUCAGGCCCUCGGCAUGGCCGUGGAAGCAGUGAGAGUCUCUCGCGUCGAAGUGCCUCGCACAGCCCUGGAAAACAAUCGUCGGGCUGCGCGUGUUGACGUCGGAGCCGGUUGUCAAGAGGCUGGCCAGCCCAUCGUGGGCGGCACGCAUGGCAAUGAAACGAACGGCGUGCACCUGGCCAAGCAUUUCCUCAGGAAUCCGUCGUUAGUCAAGCGUGGCUCCUUUGAGACGGAGGUCUUGCUCUCCAACACUGCGGCCAUAAAGCAGAACACGCGAUAUGUGGAGGAGGACUUGAACAGGUGCUACCUCCUGGCCGAUCUGCAAGACGACGAGAAAUCUGGAUCCAGCCUCGAGCGCAAGCGCGCCCGCGAGGUGGAUGCCGCCCUGGGCCCCAAGAGCUCCGACACACCCCGCUGCGACUUCAUUGUUGAUCUGCACAACACGACCGCGGCCACCGGCGUGGCCCUGUUGAUGGCGCCGGAUGACGAGUUCGCGCAUGAAGUGGGCCACUACCUGAGUACACUCGAUGACUCUGUAAGGGUCGUCGAGUGGAACGAUCAGCCGGAUUGGGCCCUUUGCCCCUCCGUGGGUCGGAGUGGGCUCACGUUUGAGGUGGGCCCUUGUCCCUGGGGCUGCCUCGAACCGGAGCUCUUCCAGCGCUCAAGGAGGCUGGUGCUGGCCCUGCUGGAUUAUGUGGACAAGCACAAUGUGCUGAUUGCCAACGGCAGCACGAAGAAGGAGCAGGUCUCAAUGCCGGUGUACCGUGCGAUUGGGGUCUCCAUGGACUAUCCUCGCGCAGCGGACGGAGACCCCACCGCACACGCUGGGACCUCAAACAGGUUGCCGGCAGCCUACGCCAUGCGACUUCUCACACUGGAGCAAGCCCCGGAGCAAGCCGCGGUUGCACAUGAGGGACCCGCUGAGGCGAUCGACUUCUGCGUCGUAGACACUGCUGCUGUUGCUGCUGUUGCUGCUGCUCAACAGGCUCAACCAUCCACCUUCGUCUUGGAAGAUGAUGUUGCCGCCCCUGCCAUUCUUCUCCCAGUAGGUGAAAGCAGUGGUGAAGGCAUUGAUGCUGCUGGCGUUGCAGACGGAGACGCUGUUGCUGAUUCUGCUGUCGCUGGUGGUGUAGCUGACCAAGCCGAUGCAGUGGUUGCCCCGAGCCUGGAUUUCUGUCCUCAUGAAGUUGAGGCUGCGCACAUUCAAAGCCCGCCUGACAAAGAAGAGGCGGAACACGCGGGGCAUUCCCACGAUGUGGAAGCAUCGGCUAAGAGGAAAACAACGGUCAAGAAGAAGAAGGUCUUCCACAAAGCAGGAUCAGCAAAAAGCGCCGGCAGCCUGCAAUCUACAAGCGUUAGUCCAGCAGUGGUGGGCAAAGAGUCUGAGCGUGAUGCCACCUUCUCCCAAAGCUUGGAGCUCACAUCCGUCGCGCCUGCAAGUGUUGCUCCUUGUCCCACCACACCGGUGACUCAAGCAGGACGAGUGUCAGGCGCUUCAAAACCUUCGAGCGCUGACAAGUCGGAGAAGGGAAGUGUGGUAUUGGAGGCACCGUGCACCUGUAAGGACGUAGAAGUGACGUCGGCUCCCUGCCUGCCUCCGCAACUACCCUUCCACUUCCGCUGGGAUGUGCCAUGCCUGAGACUUGAAGGUUUGGAACCACAUCUUCCCACCGACUGGGAACGCGUCGUUGCACAAAGGCUCGAGCGCGAAUGGCGGCGAUGCAGAAAAGAGCAGGAGCAGGCCUGGGUGUCGAAUGGCAACCUGCCGUUUGAAGUGCAACGGCUCGCGGCAACCAUGGGAAAGUCCUCGGAUGAGGUCUUUGCUCGUGUUUGUGACCGAGCUCAAUCCGCCUUAUGGCAUUCUGAAGCUGGCAGCACUCGGCCGAUGCUGCCAAUGAAAGUUUGCGCCUUCGAGAAGCUCCCAGGCCAAGCCUUGCAGAAGGAGGAGCUGGAAGGGCUGGCACUGGGAGGCCUGGGCAGCAGCUGGUGUUAUCUGACCUACGACCUCAGCAGUGAUCCAUUGCUGCUGGACCUUGCUUAUGAGGGGGCCCAUCCCACCACCUUCUCAACCUUGUUGUUUGCCUACGGAGCUCAAGUUGCUGAUGCUGAGAUGCGCACCUGCCACCUACGCUUCGCGCGGAUGGAUCACUUUGAUUUUGCCCUGUGCUUCCCACCGUCGCCAUAUCCAACUUGCAACUUGCCCUCGCCAGAAGUCGACUUUGCAACCCUGCUAGGUUUGGAUGCUUGUUCUGACAUGAGCACGGCGGAGGAUGCGAUGACGCAGGCCCGCGCGGUGCUAACAUGGCUCUUCUGGGACUGUUUCGAUGAGAUCUUCACUCCCAACUCAGCGGAGAUCAAGCUUCGCGACCGGCCGGCUCGGACGUUGCUCCCCUUUGGAGUUCACCGCCGCUUUGACACUGGGCGAAGCCCUGGGUUGCUUGCUGGCAACGAUGCGGCCUCAGCCAUUUCAGCUGCCCUUUCGCUGCACCGUCACCAGGAGGCGGAGGCUCACUGUGAGCAGCAUGGCGGAGAGCAGACCUUGUUGGCGGCUGUGGAAGUUGCAUUCCAGAAGGCAGCCGUCGAGUACAACGAGGCUCUUGGUGGUGAAGGCCUUCCGAAGCAGUGGCUCCGGAGCGCCAGACAGAACCAGGACCGCUGGCCUCUACAGCUUGAAUCGGCUGAUGGUGGCGCCUAUGCAGCUUUUCGUGAGGUGAGCUCAUUGCCAUCAUCAAGCAAGCUGGCAUGCUCUGGCAAGAAGCUGGCGGUCGUGCACUGUAGAGGCAUCAUGCAGCUGACUGAGCACCCUGCCGAGCAAGACCUAGAGACCAAUCAGACCAGGUCACGCAAGCUGACCCACGCUUCUGCGUCAGCUGCUGACCUCACGCCAAGAAGGACGGAAGUUGACUACAACACGGAGCUAGGUGUCGUCCGUGUGGAAAUCGAAGAUAGGGAGAUGGACAUGACGCUGGACCUUUCUAGGUGGGAAGACGAAGGCAUCGUCACAGUCGGUGACAUCAACAUCAACGAUCAUGCGCUCAUCAGAGAGGUUCUUCUGGCGGUCGAGCAAAUGGAGAAGUGUGCUGAAGUUCUGGACUGUGGGGUCUCUCUGAGGGAGAGCUUGCGGCAUCAGCUGUCGCACUUAGCUCAGGGUCUGCGGGCCAUGCAGAGGGCCUCCGUCAAGCAGCAGCUUCGAAACGUCGGCCUGGCAGUCUUCGAGACGGAGCGCGCGAAGCCUCAGGACACGCUGCGCCCUGCGUCCUUGGCGUCCCGCGCGUUGAAAGGCAUCAAGGGGAGACGCGGACAACAGCUGCAGCAUGCCGUGCGGGCAGGUGCAUCUGGUCUCGCAUCCGCUUUGGAGAUUGACGACCUUAAGGACCUUGACGGAGAUGGUGACAGUCUGCAGAGGCAGAGCAGUCGGAAUAGUCAGCCGGUCAUGCUUCUCUCAGCACCGGAGGGCAUCCUCCGAAGACAGGCAGAAGCCCGGAAACUGCUCCGCAGGGUUCUUCCAAGCAGCAGCAAUGAGUUCGCGGGGGGCUUCACGCCCUCCCAGUUCGAUCAAGGAGGUCCUUUCCAGCAAUACUGGGCAGAAACCAUGCAGAAGCCGUACCAGUACCAGCCGUACUUCUGCGCAGCAGUCCCUGAAGCAGACCCCUCGGCUUUGCUUUCCCCUUCCGAGCGAAAAUUCCUGGUCAAGCGUUUGGUGACUGACCCGCUUGUGGGGGCCAAGAGCUCGGAUGGAAUCAGCCACGUGCAUGGCGGGGCCAACCUUGAUCCGCGCGAGCUGCAAGCAGACGACAUUAUUGAGGGCGGCCUUGUGAAUCUUCAAAGUUCUGCGGGGGUUUUGCAGUUGGCCAAUGGCUUCAUUUUCCCUUGGCGCGCCCGAGGGUGGCGAUACUUCAUCCCACUCCGGCGAUGUGAUACAGCAUUGGUCCUGAGGCAUUUUGGGCCAAAGACUGCCAGUUACUUCGAGUUCCUGGAGACGUACAGCAGCUUCUUGUUCAUAGCUUCGGUUGUGGGAAUCUUUGCAGAGCUUGCGGGGCCCCCCAAUGCAGAAGCAGAUUUCGCUUUUUGGAAGAUCAUCCGCCCCGGCUUCGGGAUUUGCAUGUGCAUCUGGGGAGCCUUCUUCUGCAUUUUCUGGCGUCGGCGCGCCGCCCAGCUGGCGGUCAGCUGGGCGAACGGCUGGAUUGAAGAAGGCGAUGACCUGAGAAGUUCCAGCGCGAUACAAGGCCUGGCACAGGUGCGGCCUGAGUUUGCCAGCCGAUGGCGGCAGAACUUCGACAAGGCGAAUCUGGCGAAGCAGGAAGAGACUCUGAACGCCUUGCGAACUGUGCUGCGAGCUCCGAGCUCGUCUGCCCACUUCAGCAACCGGGCUCUACGUCACGACAUCGCACACUUUGACGAGACGUGCUACCAAGGCAAGUUUGCACAGCUGUGGCGCUCCCUGUUUGCAUACACAGCGAGUGGCUUUUUCAUAGUGCUUGCUUGCGGCGCGACGUAUGGCACUUUGGCCGCCAACUAUGUCUUGGGGAUCAGCAACUCAACGCUUGGGUACAUGGUCAUGGGGUUCACGACGAGCGUGUUUGUUCCACUGCUGAACACACUGCACCACGCGGUUGUGCUCUUUACCAACGAGUAUCAGCUCUUCCGGCAGGACAGCGACAAGGAACGCGACCUGUUUGACAGGCUUUUCGUGUUUGCCCUGUUCAACACGUACAACAGCUUGCUGUGGAUCGCGUUUGCUGAGCGCAACAUGGAGCAGCUGAGAGUCCAGGUCAUGUUUAUCAUGGUGUUCUCGCGCGCGAUUGUGAACAACAUGCUCGAGUUUUACUGGCUCCUCUGGAUGAAGCAGAUUCGCGAAGCCGCCGCAGACAUGCAUCCGCGCGACGCAGAGAAGACCAUCUGGCGGCGAAUGCUGGUAGUGCUGACCGGCGACUUUCAUGACGAAGUAACGGAUACUGCUCGAAGCCACGGGCCUGAAAGUUGGAUGGUGGACCAGCUCGCCGAUCAGCUAACGCGGGACAAGUCCUUUGAGCAGGUGAAAGAGACCAUCGAGCUUGUCAUUCAAUAUGGGCUCGUCAUGAUGUUCACUCUCGCAUUUCCCUUAACGCCUCUGAUUGCUUUGAUCGACUGCAACAUUGAGAAGCGCCUGGAUGCUUUCAAAAUUGUCAGGCUUCAGCGUUCUCCGGAACCUCGGAUGGUCGUGGGCCUCGGGCAGCCAUUCCGGGCUUUUGUUUUUGUCACUGCCUUGGGGCUGUUGGUCUCCGGCCUCAUGCUGUACUUCACCGAAUAUGCCGGAGAGCAGUGCACCAAGUGCACUAUGUUUGGCAACUGCGGUAGUUGUGGUGGAACGGGAGUGGACUUGAUUCUGCCAAACGUGAGCGUGGAGCUGCGACUGUUCCUGCUUUCGGCCGGAGAGCACGUGCUUCUCAUUUUAAUGUUCAUGUUCUUCUCCUUCAGCCCUGUCAGCACCAAUGUGCUGCAGGAGCAGUAUAGACAGAAACUCUUCGAGAAUCGCCUGCAGCUUGAGGCUUCAUCUGAAGGACAGCUGUCCCAAUCAACGCUGCCAAGACGGUCCCGCAAAGAGACGCAGGACACCUCCAUCAGCAUGGAUCACAUGUAG